AGCAAAACACGGCAGAUCUAAAAUUUGUUGAGCUAACAGCUAUCAGGAAAUCGCCAUCAGGAAAGCGGGCUGCCGAGAUUACGCUUUGCACUUGACCGGCUAAAGAGAAGAGUACUGUAGAAUUUUUCGAGGCGGCCUCCGAAGCUGUCUGUACUCUAGCCGCCACAGCGCCGUCGCAGCGUAGCGACCCUCUUCCCACGCUCCGAUGGCGAUCUCCCACCUGGCCCGCCGCCUCCUGAGCCCCACGAGCACCGCCGCCAAGCUCUUCCCCGAGAUGAGCUUCCCGAAGCCACACGCCCAUGCGCGCAACCCUCUCCUACUACUCCACCCGCAUCGCCGCUUCUCCACGACCCCGGACUCCAGCUCCAAACCCGAAGCCGCAUCUGCCACCGCCAACGCCGACACAGCCGCUUCCCUGGAGUCGAUGCGGCACCAGGAGAUCGAGGGCCCCACGGUGGAGCGCGACAUGUCGCCGCUCGCCGACGAGGUGCGGGGGGAGCUCGACGCGCUCCGCCGCGCCGUGCAGCGUCUCAGCGCCUCCCUCGCGCUCCUCGGCGGGGCACACCUCGCGGCGGGAGCGUGGAUCGCCUCAGGGGCCGCGCCCGUCGGGGUCGAGUCGGCCGCGGCGGUGCAGGGCGUGGCCGCGUUCGCGUUCCCCUUCACGGCCGCCCUGGUGCUGCGCCGUGUCAUCAAGCCCGUCGCCUUCUUCCAGAAGAUGGAGGCCAAUGGGAGGCUGCAGGUGCUCACGCUUUGCCUCCAGGCCACGAAGAAUGUUAACCUGAUGCUGCUCCGGACGCGGGUGGUCGCCAUCUCUUGCGCUCUCGGAGUGUCUGUCGGGUCGGUAGCUGCGAUCUUGAUGCGGUAAGCUUAAGCUCCGCUCUCCUCAGGAAAGAUAAUCAGUCACAGUAUGUGAAGGUAUUCGGGGAAUAAGAAUGAACUGGAGAUGUGGGAUUAGACUUCGGAACUCUGAAUUUUUUGUGGUUUUGGAUGUUGAAGUGUACUUAAUUUGGUAUAUGUAUUAUGUGCACGGGAUCGACAGAGUCUUAAAAGUGAUCAUUUCAAAUGUUGCUACUACAAGUAUGUUCAUCUUCUCUUAGACCAAGUCAUCAAACCAAUUGCAGAAUUCUUAUGUUCAGUAGUUUUUCGUUGAGCUAGCUCCAUUCCUCAGUCGAUAACUUGUUUCUCACCUUGGUGAUCAGACCUGUAUUUUAAAUCCCACUUGCUUAUUAUGUUACUCUUAUAUUGCUGAACUGAAUUUUGGAACCUUCA